AUGAUUUGAUCGUGUCCCGUCGUGAGCUCACCCCCCGGAGGACCUUGGCCGGGUGUGUCGUAGCUCUGCGAACCAUGACGUCACUGCCGCGGUCUAGCGACUUCUUCCUGCAUGUGAGCUGUCGAGCUUCACUUCUUAUAAACACCAACGAGUCUUUGCCACACAUCGUCAAGAGCAAAAGGGGAAUCUCGAGAGAAGAAGACUAAUAAUCGAGGGGCACAGAAUCACGUCAAACCUCAUUAUUCCGAAAAGGAAACAUCCAAAUACACUCGAAAAUGGCGUUCCCGACAAACAUGCUGGGCAUACUCAUCGCCCUCGCUAGCGCGUUUGCCCUUGUGCACUCGGCGAACUCGAUCCCCAGGUUGCUCAAGUACGAGGACAAGGCCAAGAAGGCAGCGGAGUGGAGUAGGACGGCAGAGAAGCAGCUAUGGGAAGUUAGAUACACCGUCGGUACAGGCUUCGUCGGCUGCCUCGUCUCCGCCAUCGGCGGCAUCGCCUUCUCCCUCGUGGUACCCCGCGGCCUAGGCAUCUUCACCGUCGGCUUCCCCAUCAUGCUCGCCGCGGGCCUGACGUACGGACACCAGUACAUGCGUCAGUUCUGGGCUUCGAAACCCAAGGUGCCGAUGAUGAAGGACUUCAACGAGGCGAUUUCGGACUCGAUGAUGGUCCAGGAUAUGAUGAACCCCUUGGCUGGCGCGUGGGGUCUCAUGACGUUUUGCAAGCUUGUUGGGUUGUAGACGCGACUCUGGGUUCUUAUGGGAUGAGAUUGCACAGCGCUGGUUGUAGUUCAUUUUCAGACCAAUC